AGCCUUGGACGCCGGGAGCCAGCAGUCCAGGCAGUAGCGCCGUGCGGGGGGCUGCCGCAGGGAGGAGCAGAGGCCGGCGGCGCUCGGGCAGGGCAGCCCGGGGCGCGCCCCAGCCUUGCCUGUGGCUCGGGAGCCUGGCCGGCCCGCGUCCAGCGUGGCCACAUGGCUUCGCUCCGCGCGCUGCUGUGCUGUCUGCUGCUCUUAUACUGUGCGCUAUGUGCCACGGCAGGCAGUCAGACCCCAGCACCGCGCCUCUCUGGAAAACUUAGUGACUAUGCUGUGACCGUGCCCUGCAGCACAGAUUUCCAGGGACGCUUCCUCUCCCAUGUAGUGUCUGGCCCAGCGGCUGCCUCCGCAGUGGACAGGACACCCAUCCCACCGUUGCACUCCAGGCACCUCCGGGUGGCUCGCAGCCCUGCCUUGAGCCUGGACAGAGGGACUUCGCCACCUCACAGGGUGCAGCGCUACUUCCUCUACUUCAACGUGACUGUUUUUGGGAAGGAACUGCAUUUGCGCCUUCGGCCCAACCUAAGGCUGGUAGUGCCCGGGGCCUCAGUGGAGUGGCAGGAGGAUUUUCAGGAGCUGUUCCGGCAUCCUUUGCAGCAGGAGUGUGUGUACACUGGAGGUGUCACUGGAAUGCCAGGGGCAGCUGUUGCCAUCAGCAACUGUGAUGGAUUGGCCGGCCUCAUCCGCACGGAUAGCACCGACUACUUCAUUGAGCCUCUGGAGCGAGGCCAGCAGGAGAAGGAGGCUGGUGGGAGGACCCACGUGGUGUACCGCCGGGAAGCCGUGCAGCAGGACAGUGGAGAGCCUCACCACGACCUUCACAAUGAAGCCUUCAGCCUGGGCGACCUUCCCAACCUGCUGGGCCUGGUGGGGGACCAGCUGGGUGACACAGAGCGGAAGCGGCGCCAUGCCAAACCGGGCAGCUACAGCAUCGAGGUGCUGCUGGCGGUGGAUGACUCAGUGGUUCGCUUCCAUGGCAAGGAGCAUGUGCAGAACUACGUGCUAACCCUCAUGAACAUCGUGGAUGAGAUUUACCAUGAUGAGUCUCUGGGUGCGCACAUGAACAUUGCCCUUGUCCGCUUGAUUAUGGUCGGCUACCGGCAGUCUCUGAGCCUGAUCGAACGAGGGAACCCUGCACGCAGCCUGGAACAGGUGUGUCGCUGGGCGCACUCCCAGCAGCGCCAGGACCCCGGCCAUGCUGAGCACCACGACCACGUUGUCUUCCUCACGCGGCAGAACUUUGGGCCCUCAGGUAUGCAAGGGUACGCGCCUGUCACUGGCAUGUGUCACCCCCUGAGAAGCUGUGCCCUCAACCAUGAGGAUGGCUUCUCCUCGGCUUUUGUGGUGGCCCACGAGACUGGCCAUGUGCUUGGCAUGGAACACGAUGGGCAGGGGAAUGGCUGCGCAGACGAGACCAGCCUGGGCAGUGUCAUGGCGCCCCUGGUGCAGGCUGCCUUCCACCGCUUCCACUGGUCCCGCUGCAGCAAGCUGGAGCUCAGCCGCUACCUCCCGUCCUACGACUGCCUCCUAGAUGACCCCUUUGAUCCUGCCUGGCCCCAGCCCCCAGAGCUGCCUGGGAUUGACUACUCGAUGGAUGAGCAAUGCCGCUUUGACUUCGGCUCUGGAUACCAGACCUGCUUGGCAUUCAGGACCUUUGAGCCCUGCAAGCAGCUGUGGUGCAGCCACCCCGACAACCCGUACUUCUGCAAGACCAAGAAGGGGCCCCCGCUGGACGGAACUGAGUGUGAACCAGGCAAGUGGUGUUUCAAAGGUCACUGCAUCUGGAAGUCACCGGAGCAGACAUAUGGCCAGGAUGGAGGCUGGAGCCCCUGGUCCAAGUUUGGGUCGUGUUCCCGGUCAUGCGGAGGUGGAGUGCGAUCCCGCAGUCGGAGCUGUGACAACCCCCCCCCAGCCUAUGGAGGCCGCUCAUGUUCAGGACCCUUGUUCGAGUACCAGAUCUGCAACAGCGAGGACUGUCCUGGGCCCUACGAGGACUUCCGGGCCCAGCAGUGUGCCAAGCGCAACUCCUACUACAUCCACCAGAAUGCCAAGCACAGCUGGGUCCCCUAUGAGCCAAAUGAUGAUGCCCAGAAGUGUGAGCUGAUCUGCCAGUCGGUGGACACGGGUGAGGUGGUGUACAUGAACCAGGUGGUCCACGACGGGACACGCUGCAGCUACCGGGACCCAUACAGCGUCUGUGCCCGUGGCGAGUGUGUGCCCUUCGGCUGUGACAAGGAGAUGGGGUCCAUGAAGGCAGAUGACAAAUGUGGAGUCUGUGGCGGUGACAACUCCCACUGCAGGACCGUGAAGGGGACGCUGGGCAAAGCCUCCAAGCAGGCAGCAGCUCUCAAAUUGGUGCAGAUACCAGCGGGUGCCAGACACAUCCAGAUUGAGACCCUGGAGAAGGCCCCCCACCGCAUUGUGGUGAAGAACCAGGUCACCGGCAGCUUCAUCCUCAACCCCAAGAGUAAGGAAGCCUUGAGCCGGACCUUUACCACGCUGGGCCUGGAGUGGGAGCAUGAGGUAGAAGAUGCCAAGGACAGCCUCAAGACCAGUGGGCCCCUGCCCGAAGCCAUCGCUGUCCUGGUGCUCCCCCCAGCUGAGACUAGCCCUCGAGGUAGCCUGGCCUACAAGUAUGUCAUCCACGAGGACCUGCUGCCCCUCAUUGGGAGCAACAAUGUGCUCCUGGAGGAGACGGACACCUACGAGUGGGCGCUCAAGAGCUGGGCCCCCUGCACCAAGGCCUGCGGAGGAGGUAUCCAGUUCACCAAGUACGGCUGCCGGCGCAGACGGGACCACCACAUGGUGCAGCAGCACCUGUGUGACCCCCGGAAGAGGCCCAAGCCCAUCCGUCGGCGCUGCAACCAGCACCUGUGCCCCCAGCCUGGAUGGGUGAUGGAGGAAUGGAGUGCCUGUAGCAGGAGCUGCGGGAAGCUGGGGGUGCAGACUCGAGGGGUGCAGUGCCUGCUGCCCCUCUCCAACAACACCCACAAAGCCAUGCCAGCCAAGGCCUGUCCUGGCACCCGGCCUGAGGCCCGGAGGCCCUGCCUCCGCAUUCCCUGCCCAGCCCAAUGGCGAACGGGAGCCUGGUCCCAGUGCUCUGCCACCUGUGGAGAGGGCGUCCAGCAGCGGCAGGUGGUGUGCAGGACCACCGCUAACAGCCUCAGGCAGUGCGAGGGGGACAAGCCCGACUCGGUGCAGGUCUGCAGCCUGCCCACCUGUGAAGGAAAUCUCCGGAACUCCACAGCAAUGGCAGAGAUUCAGGAGCUCGUGACCCUAGAGGGACAGCGAGUGUCCGAGUCAGGGCCCUUGACUCCCAUGAAUAAGAUAUCACCAACAGAGUCCUGCGUGGGGGACAGGUCGGUCUUCUGCCAGAUGGAAGCGCUUGAUCACCACUGUGCCAUCCCUGGCUACCACCGGCUGUGCUGCGAGUCCUGCUCCAAGAGGGCCUCAGGCCCCAACGCCAGCCUGGGCCCUGGCCCGGCCUCCCCACCCACCUCCUCCACUCCUGGGAGCCCCUUGCCACAACCCAAGGCCACCCCUGCCAUCACGGAACCUACUGUGGAGCCAACAGGACAAGAUGACCAUGGCCGACCCACACAGCUCCCAGGGCCACCAGACACAAGGUCCUUAGUCAGCCAGCCUCACUCUGUCCCACAGACCCUGAGCCCCAGAGCAUUUGGGGGCACUUCCCCUACCAUACCCCAGGGAACACCUUGGGGCCGGACCCCGGCAGCUGUGACAGCCUCCGAGGACCAAGGGCAGCCCAGAGAGGAAUCCACGUAUCCAGGCACCAGCCUUCCCGCCACCUCCCCGGUGACAUGAGCGAUGCCACACCAUCCUGCCAGCCACGUUUACACUCUGUGCUGCCCUGGUGACCACAGUUCAGAGGACUCAUGCAGCAGGGCAGGGGCAAGCAUGGACUUCCUUUUAAAUUAUUUGCCUUCUCUUUCUUGUUUGGGUCUGUGACACUCUUUCCCCCAUGACAGGGGGCAGGAGGAAGAAGAUCAGGGAAAGCCCAAACCAGAGAUACCUCAGCCAGCAGUACCCAGAUUGGACCUGUCAGGCUCCUGGGGUCUCUCAGGGCUGAGAGUCUACUAGUGCCCUUCUCCAAGCCAUCAGGCCCUGGGCAGGUCUGAACCUUAUGCUAGGAGCUGUCAGGGCUGCCUGCUUUCCCGGGACUUGUGAGGGCCCCCUGUGCAGGUCCUAGCAUGACACAGUGGGCAGAGGGAGGUAGGGGCUGCUCACAGGGCAAGCUGGGAAGGACCUGGAACGAACACAAUGACCAGGCUUUCCCCUGUAGCGUGAGGGCAGGUGAGUUCACCUCAGGCCCAGCUGUCCUUAGCCAAGGGCCCCACGCAGCAGCACAAGCCAAGGAUUGGGGGAGUGCAGUGUUCAUGGCUACACUUUGCCACUGUGCAUGUCUCUCCUGUUAUUCCUGGUUACUCCACGUUACAAACGGUUGCACACCCAACCCACAGAGAAGUGGGGCCAGCAUGUCCUGAGCAAGUCCUCAUCAUCUGGGGUUUCCAAACUGGUGCUGGACCCCUAGCUGGACCAGGAAUCAGCCCUGCAGGGUGAGGAGUGGGCCAGCCUGGAAGGUGGCUGUGGGACGCAUGGGAGACAUGAUUUCUCAGGCUGUGCCCCUUGGCCGUUGUCCUUGCCGAAGUCUACUCCUGUCAGAGUCAGGGGUCCUUUCCCACUUGGCCUGAGCCAGGCCAGGGAUAUGUGGUGCUCUGAGGACCGGAGAGCCACUCAGCCAGGUCCAGAAGAUGACAAGAGUGAGAGGCUGACCUGUGCCCCAAGCUGGGGUGGGGAGGGACGCAGACCCGUGGUGCUACAGGGGCUCAGCCAGGCCAGCUGCCCUCCCUGCCACCUCCAAGGGGCAGGUGACAGCUCUAGGCCCACUGGCUCUUGGGAAGUAGCCCAGACUUCCAGGGUGCCUCUGGGCAUCUUCACUUCUGGGGUCUGGAGUGAUCUCACAGCUCUCAGUAGAUGAGCCCAGCUCACAGAGGUGCUUGUCAGUCUCCUUCCCAGGCAGGAGGAAGAGGAGCAAUGGGGCCUUGCCCUGCAGCCUCCUUGGGGAGUUGGGUCCUGGGACCCCAGGUGUUCUCCCAGGGCUGCCCUCCCCUCUGUAAGUUGCUGGGGCACACAGCACAGCAUUCCUGUGAGAACCAGCCUGGCCUGGGCUAAGGAGUGUAAACCUUGUGUCUUGGAGACCCAGCUCUCUGAAAUGCUAUGUAUUUAUUAACAUUGCCCUUGGUGUUUUGUUUUGGACCCCAAAAA